AAUAAUGGAAUCCCGACGGAAAUAACACCGUUGGCGGGCAAUUUUGUUUCUAAUGGCCACUUGAGAAGAAGCACACUGCAAACUCACUCUCCCCUGCGCCGAUAAUCACCGAUCAGCUUUGAAUUUCGAGUUAUCGUUCCUCAUUCAACAGCUUCUCUACAAUUUAGCUGUGGUCUCUCUCGGCAGAGAUCCAGUCGUCUUCGAAGGGCUUCUUCAUUCGUUUCAUCGGAGUAAAUUUCGCGGAGCUUGAUGGACGACGCUGUAGUUCGACUUCAAGGCACCGAAGAUUCGACCUCAGUUUAUCCGGAUCAUCCCGAGAAACAUGAUCAAGAAGAAAAUGUUAUCGAAACAUCCUUAUUGAAACAGUCUAGACGGCCCAAUUUGCCAUUUCUGCAAAUUCCAGUAAGGAAUGUAGAGAGUUCGUCCUUUUUGAGGUUGGAUGGUUCAUCAACUUCAAGUUCUAGCUCUAUUAGGGGAGGAUUGCCUCCAAAACCAAAUUCAGUAAAAGUCAAAUCAUCUGCGAGAGGCCUCUUUCCUCAAAAAAGCUUCGGGGCAAAACAUUCAUUCCCAGAUGGUGAUAUGGUUGUUCCUAUUUUACCAGAGAUGCAACCAUCAAAUAGAUGUUCAGACAAUGCAGCUACCUCACGAUCUUUUUCUCUUAACAAGCUUCUCUUUGCCUCAUCUACAAAAGCUGCACAUUCUUCACCAGUCACACCAAUUUCAAGUUCCAAUACCAAUGCACUUGAAGCAACAAACAUGGAGUGUCAUCCUGGUUUCCUUAAAACUAAAGUCAAGCAGCAUAUUGCUCGUUCAUUAUCAGCUCCUCUGAAUGCCAAGCCUAAAGUCUUAAGGCGACUAGAUUCAGUAGGUUUAAUUCGAGUAGUGUCUGCAGGUCCACAAUAUGCAGGGACUGGAGACUCCUCAGUUUCUCAAACAAAGGAAAGUGGUAAUGAUAUAGAAAGGGAACCUGCUGGUGAUGAUAUACCUGAAGAUGAAGCAGUUUGCAGGAUCUGUUAUAUAGAAUUGGUGGAAGGCGGGGAUGCACUUAAACUGGAAUGCAGUUGCAAAGGAGACCUAGCUCUCGCUCACAAAGAGUGUGCAAUUAAGUGGUUCAGCAUUAAAGGUAACAAGAUCUGUGAUAUUUGCAACCAGGAUGUCAAAAACUUGCCAGUGACUUUAUUGAAAUUACACAACACACUCCCUAUUACUAGACGACCCCCAGUAACAUUGCAGCAGAGGGAGGUUCAUCGCAAUUGGAUUUUGCAGGAUAUUUCUGUGCUUGUGUUGGUUAGCAUACUUUCAUAUUUCGGCUUUUUGGAGCAACUUUUGGUACCUAACAUGGGUCCUCGUGCACUCGCGAUUUCCUUUCCCUUUUCAUGUGCUUUGGGUGUCCUUUCAUCUAUGAUUGCUUCCACAAUGGUGAGCAAAGCUUACAUUUGGGCUUAUGCCUGUUUCCAGUUCGCCAUAGUCAUCCUAUUCGCUCAUGUAUAUUAUGCAAUACUUAACAUGAAUGCCGUUCUCUCGGUUUUCCUUUCUGCCCUCACCGGAUUCGGGGUUGCUAUUUGCAUAAACUCGCUUCUUAUAGAGUAUCUUAAAUGGAGAAGAAGCAGGCUAUUGAGAUCUGCCGAUCAACAGAUGAGUGUAAGGAGUCCGCCUCAAGUACAGCAGCAGCCACUCGAGCGAUUGCAGCAAGAACGCCUUCAGCCACAUUCCCAUCAGCAUCAAGCAAUUGUAGAUCAAAGUAUGGGUCACUAGGGAGUUACUGGUCAGCGAGGAACAACGAUUCAGAGGCCACAGUUCACUGAGGUUCCAAGUUGCAGCUCACCCUCCUUCCAUUACAAGGGAAUCGAUCCAUUUCGAUUCCAUCUCGUGGCGAAGCGAUUCAACAAUUUGUGCGACAUAGCUUUUAAUUACAGUCCAGAAGCCUGAGCUAUCAGAUGGAGAUAGUAGCUAAAUCAAACAUUGAUCAUUAGAAAGCUCGAGUCAACGGUUGGAAAUUGAAACGACCGUUACAGAAUCCGUUCAUCUUUCUUACCUCGCGGCGAGUUGCUGUUCCCACUUGUUGUAGGCGACAGAACAAGCUUGUGCUAUUAGCAGCAAGCAAGAUUCGCAGUGGAUGAAGAAGACGUUGAAGGUUUGUAAGGAGAAUCUCAGGUUAUCUCUUUCAUAUGCUUUGUGUUCAUAGUAUUUGUUCUUGUUCAGAAAAGAAAAAAAGAAACCAGACCCUCAAAUUUGUAAAAUAACGUUCCAUAAUUCUUGUUGUGCUUGCUUUAUGUGUGUGUUUUUAUUGGUACUUUAUGUAUUUUGGGUUGUUUUGAUUUUAAAAUUAUGCUGCAUUUUCAUUUA